AUGAGCUCGGGCACGCCGUACAUCGGGAGCAAGAUUAGCCUCAUCUCCAAAGCGCAGAUCCGCUACGAGGGCAUCCUCUACACCAUCGACACCGACAACUCCACCGUCGCCCUCGCCAAGGUGCGCUCAUUUGGAACCGAAGAUCGUCCCACGGAUCGUCCUGCUCCUCCAAGAGAGGAAGUUUAUGAAUAUAUCAUAUUCCGAGGGAGUGACAUUAAAGACAUCACUGUAUGUGAGCCUCCAAAAGCACAGCAUAAUCUGCCCCAGGAUCCUGCUAUUGUCCAAUCGUCUCUCAGCUCUGCGUCUGCGCCCUCUUUUCAACCCCAUGUGCCUUACAGUCCUUUCAGAGGGAUGUCGUCCUACAGUCAGCUUGCCGCCAAUUCUUUAAUUGGCCAGCAGUAUGCAGCAUCUCUUGGUUUAGAGAAGCUGGUAAGCCCUCCAGCAUCAGCAGCUGCUUCCAGUCCUAGCACUUCUUCAUCUCCACAGCCAGUUUCAGAGCCUGACAUGUCAUCAGAGACACAUCUGCUGUCUUCCAAGGGUGCUGCUUUUCCAUCUGUUCAUUCAGUGCGCAAAAGUCCAAUGGUGGAGCAGGCUGUUCAGACUGGCCCACUGGAUAACAGCUUGAACCCCAAAAAGGCAGUCAAAGCUCCUCCAGCCAUUCCACGCAACACCCGUCAGAUUCAGCAGAAUAACAAGACAAACGAUAUAGUUGACCCACCACCUGUGCAAACGCAAGGGCAGGUGAACGAUGAGAAUAGAAGGCCCCAGAGGAGGAGAUCAGGAAAUAGAAGGACUAGGAAUCGUUCCAGAGGACAGAAUCGCCCAGCUGCUGUGAAAGAGAAUACAAUAAAGUUUGAAGGUGACUUUGAUUUUGAAAGCGCCAACGCGCAGUUCAACCGAGAAGAAUUGGAUAAAGAAUUCAGGAAGAAACUUAAUUUCAAGGAUGAUAAAGUUGACACCAGUGAAGAAAAGGGAGAGCCUACUAUGGCUGCUGAAAACUGGGAUGACAAUCCAGAUGAAGAUCUUCUGGGACCCAACUGCUAUUACGACAAAACAAAAUCUUUCUUUGAUAACAUCUCAUCAGAACUGAAGGCUAGUUCGCGGCGUACAACAUGGGCUGAAGAGCGGAAGCUGAACACAGAGACUUUUGGUGUUUCUGGACGAUUUCUCCGUGGCCGCAGUUUUCGUGGGGGAUUCCGUGGUGGAAGGGGGUCUGGAGCCGGGCGGCGAAAUCAAACUACUCCCAGAGUUGGUACUGGAAGAGUUUGAAUUCUGCAGAGCUUUCAACCACAUUGCUACGAAAAAUCAUGUACAUAGGAAGGAGGGAACAAUACAAACUGCUGCACUUAAAAAAGAAUGGGUGAAUGAAUUUUUUACCUUCACAAGCCUGAAAUUCGGAUGGGAUUAUUGUUA